AAAUAAAGAGAGGCUUUCAGAGUCUCCUUCUUUGGCGUCGUUUCCCUAAACCCUAAUUUUGUUCUGGUAUUACGCGUGAGAGAGUAAAAUGGGGGCCAAGGCGAAGAAAGCUCUGAAGAAACAAAUGAGUAAGGUUUCCUCUGCUGCUCAGAAGAAAGAAGCUGCCGAUUUCUUGCCAUUAGAGGGAGGUCCUGGGCUCAAGCUUCCUGUAGAGAAGCCUACUGAAGAUGUUUCUAAAGUUGUAUACGUGGGUCGGAUACCACAUGGAUUCUACGAGAAGGAGAUGGAAGGUUUCUUUCGACAAUUUGGGGUAAUCAAGAGAUUAAGAAUUGCGAGGAAUAAAAAGACAGGAAAGUCCAAACAUUAUGGCUUCAUUGAAUUUGAGGAUUCAGGGGUAGCAAGCAUUGUAGCAGAGACAAUGAAUAACUAUUUAUUAUUUGAACACUUGUUGCAAGUUCAACUUGUUCCUUCAGAUCGUAUUCAUCCUAAACUGUGGAGAGGUGUUAGUUUCCGAUACAAGCCAUUGGACUGGGUUAAAGUUGAGCGAAAGCGGCACGAUAAGGAAAGAACAUUGGAUGAGCGCAAGAAGUUAGUGGAUAAAAUCAUUAAGCGGGAUGGGAAACGUAGAAAGAUGAUAGAGGCAGCUGGUAUUGAUUACGAGUGCCCAGAAAUUGUGGGUAACAUGGAACCUGCUCCAAAGAAGAUUAGAUUCGAGUGAAGAGCAAAUACUUGUACCCAAGUUUUUGACUCCAUCCAAAAAGAAGAGGCGUUCCAGGGUAUCCCAUAAAUGUUUGUAGUAGCCUUUGUUUUUAAAAUUUCUAGAUUUAUGUAAUCAUGUUUCUGCUGUUAAAAAGGCUUAUAUAUUAAGAAACAGACUCAGAUGUAAGAAUGAUAAUCUGGUGAAAGUGGAAGAAGUUUUGGCCUCUUUA